CAAACUCACACUGCUUCCUUCUUUCUUGUUUCAGCCCAUCAUGCACAUUUAUGUGCAGUCCAUUGAAGGAAUAUUGAAGGAAAUGAGCAACUCACUGUCACCUCUCCUGCCACCUCUUCAGACGCCUCCAAGAGAAGAGACUUCCAAUCUUCCAUUGCCAGCAAAGGAAUCCCAACCUGAUGGGCAAGUGGCCAAGGAGUUUCAGAAGAGUUUUGGCCAAGUGGCCAAGACUUCUCCCAAAAGCUGUGGCCAAGUGGCCAAGGCUCCUCUGGAAGGUCACGUUACGAGCAAACAGAGCUUCCUGAAGCGUCCUGUGCACACCGAGGGGGCCUUGCCCAGGAAGACUGUGGGUAUCAAAAGGCCCAGCCAGCCCCUGGUGCCUGAUGAAUCCAAGAGAGUCCGGAAGGUGGAGAGUGAGCCUGGUCCUUUGGAGGUCACAGAGCAGCCUUGCAAGGACCAGCCCAGAGUCCUAGAAACAGUGAAGCCGAAAGCCACCGAAAGGACAGAAAGACAGAAAAGACCCACGGACAGGAAAGACCUGAAGCCGGCACCUCAUGAGCUCUCUGAGAAGCCAAAGGACAAGGGCUCCCAGCAGGCCAACGCCAAAGGCUUUUUGGAGCCCCGGCCCCUGGGAGCUGGCCAGGAAUGUGACGCUCUCAUCCCCAGCGGGCACAGGCCUGGCGAUUUGCACAAGGAGAAAGUGCCCUUGCCUCCUGGGGAGAAGAAGUUGUUCUCCCCUGCAAGGAAGCUGGACUGGAAGAGGAAAGCUAUCAAGAGUCCUGAGGAGCCCCCUGGAAAGAAGAAGAUGAGGGGGCAGGGGGAGGUGGGUUUGGACAAUGACCAAGGUGGUGUUUGGAAAAUUCAUGUGGAGUUUCCACUUCAUAGGUUGGCAGUAGAGCCAUCCAUGAUCCUUCUCCUCUAA